AGCCCAACAGUUGGGACUGCUCUUUCUUCUCUAGCGUAGUCUACGGAGGUUUGGUUCUCAAACACAGUUUAAACUUUAGGAGCUGAGAGCACGGAUCUUUAUAAAACCUAGUAAUUUACUUGCUUCUCAAUCCAAUCCAUGGAUCCUACUCAUGGAUCUCAGGCUUGGAGGCCAUGCUUUCCUCUUCAUCCCGCCCGCCCCCACCACCACAACCACCAUCAUAAUCACUGCCAUUUCCAUUCUUUGUGUAUCUGUCCUCACGGCCACCAUCACCACCUCCACCACCACCAUCACCAUCAUCACCAAUUCAAUGGUCGCCGCCAUAUAUGCCCCAAUUUUAAUGCUUUUCCUCGAAACCCAGGACCUUCUGGUUCUGUUCCUCUCCCAAACGAUUUGAAUAGGUGUGCUUCUGGGCGCGAAGAAGCUUACGAUUUUGCCACUCCGAUGUUACAAGAGCAUAACUAUGAGGAAUUAGACGAGGAAGAGGAUGACGACCCAGUUUUUGUUCUGACUGAUGAAUGGAGGGAGUUCUUUGCGAAAUCUGAAGCAAAGAGGAAAUUAGAGAAAAAGCAGGCUAAGAAGAAAGGAAAAAAAUAAAUAGAGAAGUUGGAGACAUUCUUGAAUUAUUUGAAACGUGAAAGGUUGGGGAAAAUUCAUAUGGUAGCUGCAGAGUUUAUGGAAGAUUGAUCGAGAAAUGCUUUUGUAAUCCACACAUACAGCGGAUGCAAGAGCUCACUCUGGAGGUUAAGAUGAUAGAAAUGGUAUUAAAUUCCAUGUUGAAGUCAAAUGCGCGACUGCUCAACGUAGAUUUACUCCUUAAAGCUCUGUUGCCGUUUAGAGGCUUGAGAGUUUGUAUUUUUGUUUGUGAUCUUUAGUCCCAACGUCUUUUUACACUGAAAGCUUGAUUUUUGGUAUAAACAUGAAGUCAUUUCAUGUACCAUUUCAAUCAUAGACCGAAUUGUGACAGAAUUUUUGGUUGAA